AUGGCCAUCUCAGGUUGGGGUGUUUUUCUGAUUGUCUUGGUGGUUCUGGCGAUAUUAGGCGGAGGAGGUUAUGUCGCCUAUGCACAUUAUCGAGCGCGCAAGCUAGGCCUACCGCCACCGAACCUCAAUCCAUUCGCAAAACGACGAGGCGACAAUCCGACCUACCGAGCGCCAGCGCCCGCUCCGGGAGGGAUAAAGGGAUGGGUCACGGACAAGUGGAACUCUCUUCGUAACGGACGAACAGCAGGAGGUGCUUACGAAAGUACUGGCUAUGGGGCAGGCUCAGCGCGAUCUGGCGGAAGAAGAGGGUUUGGACCAUUAGACCCAGACGAGGCGUGGGACGCAAGAGUUGACAACGAGGCAAGUGGGUACUACGAAGAGCAGGAGCUCGGCCUACAGGACCCAGGCCACGGUCCAUACGGAGGGGGAGGAUACGGCGACGUCGGAGUUGGAGGCAUCGAGCACGGGCGAGGACGAAGUCGCUCAAGACAACGAGAACUCGACGACCGUUACGAUCAAGAGGCGCACGGGGGACGGUCGACUCUUAACCCUUUCGGCGAGAAUGCUGAGCCCAGCAACUUGAGCUUGCGCAGUGUCUCGCCGCGUCCUGAUAUGGAUACAUCAUACCAUGGCACCAGGGGAGUGAGCGCGCACAAGAAGCAGAACAACAGUCUGGGGACAACCGGCAGUACGGACAACAGUCCAACUGAGACCACUCGCAGGAGUAUGUUCCAUGAGGAGAUGUAG